ACAAUAGAAAAAUUGAAAAAAACUAAAAUGGAAAAAUCCAGUGGAAGAACCCUGGGUGUUUUUCUUGUGUUGUACAUCACAACAAGUUGCUUUAUCGCGGAGAUCCAUGCACAACACCAUUGGACCAGUUGGUGGAAACCAGGUGGAUUCACUGGGAAAAGGUAUUAUAACAUAGUGUCAGAAUCACGAAGUCCCUGGGGUCGAAAACCAGCUUCUGCCUCAAAAAGGAACUUUGGAAAUGUUGAAUCCGACAGAGCUGAACUGGGACCGAUUUUAAUCAAGCUACUGGCCGGAUAUCCAGAGAAGAUGAAUGAGGCUGACAAUGGAGAUUCAGCUUACGCGCAGGUGUUGGCGGAUAUAUUGAGCUACAGAAUGAUGGAUCAAAAAAAGGAUGAACCCGACAUUAACGCGAUGCUUCGAUAAUCAGGAUCAAGAGGACACCACAAAAAUGACACCGAAUAUAAUGAACUUUCUGCAUUGUAUGUUUUAGACGCAAAACAUAACUGUUUAUGAAUAAAUUGUAAAGAACAUACUUUGGAAGCUUUUAUUCACAUAUCGUACAUAUUAUAAUAUCUUAAAAUUCUAGCACACGUGUACAUGAACAAUAAAUAUAAUAAUAGAGUCUCAAAAUAGUGUUGAUAUUUCGUAUUAUGAAGAAAUAUAGAAUGGGUGCCAUUGAAGUAAUUAGUGAUAAAAUGUCUAAAAAUAUACAAGGCAUAUUUCAUGUAUCGAUCAGUAUAUCCCAUUUUGAACACCCGCCAUAUGCCCUAAUAGCUGUCCUGUUCAGGCUAAGCUAAGCUCUGUAAUCAGAAACUCCAAAAUCGUAAGUCCGUGUACGAUAGAAGAGGCUGACGUUUCGUCGAACAAAUUAAACUCCAACUGUUGCCAAUCGAUUAUACCCACAAUGUAGGCUAUUGGCAGCAGCUAAACCAUUUACUGAGGAAUUUAUUUGAUGAGAAAAUAUAUGGGGUCCGUAGAACGUAGAAAGUUUAUUUCGUCAUAUUUCAGCGACAUUUCUGUGGGAUAAUGAACAUCUACUCAACGCCCGCCAAUUAAAUCCACGGUUGACGGUUAUUUUUGUCUGCAGCAAAGGGUUCCAAAACUGCCUAAUAUCAAGGUACGUUCCCGUCGACAAGUUCAUAAAAUUAAGUAAGCAAGUGUAUAAAAAAGGACCGCAAGAGCGGUUAAAUCCCUCCGAUGUGAUGCGUCACGAAAAUAGGACUUGUAUUGUGUUUUGACAAUCGCUUAAGUAUAAGUAACUGAAAGGUGAACAAGUUCAUGGCGA